AUGGAGUUCCCUACGGCGCUGGAGAAGAGGCUGCCCGGCGCGCUGCGCAUGCUCCAAGCGGAGGCUUAUGGGGGGGAGGUCGCGAGUGGGGGCAGCGGAGGCCCAGUGCGCAUGGACAUGCAGGAUGGAGAGGUUCCUGAUGAAGAGAACCUGAGGGACUUUGUGGACAAAAAGGAGGUGCCCACUGCGCUGGGAGGGUGCCGGGCUCCUCCCCCACAGAGUUUGGAACUGCCCUGCUUCAUCUGCACAGGUGCACUGGCCAAGGUCCAAGCCUUUGGGAAGUGGCAUGGUGUGCUCGGGAAGCAGGCGACAUACGGUGACUCUGGGCUGACCUACACAUUUUCGGGCCAGCUGUGUCCAGGACCCUGGAUCCCAGCUCUAGAGCGUGUUCGGGAUCGCGUCUCUGAGGUCACAGGACAGACCUUCAACUUUGUGCUCAUCAACAGGUAUAAAGGUGGCUGUGAUCACAUCAGGGAGCACCGAGAUGAUGAAAGGGAGCUGGCUCCCGGGAGCCCCAUCGCCUCCUUUGGAACCUGCAGGGACUUCCUCUUCCAGCCCAAGGACUCUGGAAGGAAGAACUGCCACCGGGAGGUGGAGGUGGUCAGGCUGCAGCUGGCCCACGGAAGCUUGCUGGUGAUGAACCACCCAACCAACACCUACUGGUACAGUCUUCCUGUCCGCAAGGUGUUUCUGGCUCCACCGGUGAACCUGACAUUUCGUAGAAUCUUGCCUACUAAGAAAUAA